UCUACGAGUCUGAGAUGUCGCGCAACUGACAUACGUUUAGUGAAGAAAAUAAAGUGCGUUUAAAGGAAUUUUGUGUUGAUACAUAAAGAAGAGUGUACGCUUUAAAAUCUAAAAAUGACUUUAGAACCUUUGUUAGAAGUUGACAAUGAUUAUAUAAAAUUAAAUCAACUUUACGAUGAGUGUUUAGAUUAUUUGGAGAAAUCUAAAUACAAAGAAAGAGAUGAAAAUGAUUACGAAACUGUUGAUUCAUCAGAUGAUAAAGAAAUAGAUGUAAGUCAUCCAGAAAUAGGUUUUAAAGUUAUUAAUGAAUUAAAAUCAAUGGAAAGUUUGAAUUCAAGUGAAACUAAAUCGGAAAGAUUAAGAAAAUUAUCACAACAAUUACCUAAAAUUAUAAUAACACAGAGUAAUAAUAGUUUAAAUUUGAAACGCGAUGAUGAAAAAAUAAUUGAAAAUCAUUUGCCUAUUAAGAACUACUUGAAGAAACCACCGACUGAGAACCAUAGAUUUAUGAAUGAUACGAAACAUCAGCCUUUCUUCCGCAAUCGCACGGCUUACGGUGACUUUCCCAAACGUUUGGUCUCUAAGAAUGGAGUGGAGAAUGUGGCUCUCAUCUCUAACGUACCUUUCGAGAAGAUUCGACUGUUAAAUGAUACGUUCCAUACAUUGAUCAAUCUGCGCUGGCGUUGGAUCGUGAUAGGUACAGUAGUGGUCCACUUCGCUAUCUGGCUUGUGUUCGCUGUCUUCUGGUAUGUGACAGCGCUGGCGCACUACGACUUCGAGCCAGACCCGCCAUCGCGAAGCUGUGUCACCGGCGGCAAGGACUUCGUCACUAUAUUUCUUGCUUCUGUUGAAGCUCAGACGACAAUAGGUUUCGGAGAUCGAGCUAUUGACGAAGAAUGUCCUGAAUCGAUAUUUCUCUUCAUAAUGCAGUUAAUCCUGGGCACUGGUUUAUCUGGUGUUCUGACUUGCGUGGUGUACGCGAAGCUGACCAGACCUGAGAAACUGUCAAGAGAUGGCGUUGGCUUCAGCAAGAAAGCUGUUGUUUCGUUGCGCGACGGCAAGCUGUGCCUCAUGUUCCGCGCCUGGGACCUCAACUAUGACCACAUCAUCAGCUCUGAAUUCACCGCGCACUUUAUCACCACGUACCGCACUCAGGAGGGCGAGGUGGUGCGGUACUUGUCGCGAGCACUGCCGCUGCAGCAGCGACAGUUCCUGCUGUGGCCGGUCACCUUGUUGCACGUCAUUGACUCCAACUCACCACUCUAUCACUACACGCCCCAACACUUUGCUAACAAUAGUUACGAGAUAACAAUAAGUCUGAAGGGCGCGUCCGCGUCAAUGGGCACGUUCACUCAGAGCCAGACGUCGUACUUGCCGCGCGAAGUGCUGUGGGGACAUCGCUUCCCUCCCGUCGUCAAAUAUGAUCCUCGCAAGCAGAAGUACGUGGUGGAUCACUCAAGUCUGGAUGUAACUCAAGCUGUGGACACACCGCUCUGCAGCGCACAACAACUUUACAGAUCCAGUGCAUCCAGUAAGGAAAGUCCAUGUCCCGGUACUCCGGGCAGCUUCAGUGACAAGCUUUCCACAUUCCAUCUCGAGAGGACGUCUUCUUUUAAGAGGAGGGACAAAUCUUAAACCUAAUUAGUUUCCGACUCCCUCAGGGUUGAUGUUUUUUCGCAGAUAUAAGUUUGAAUUCCAUUGUAAUAGUGAACGAUUCAAACAAUUUUGAAGAAAGAAAUAUUCGAUUUGUUCCGAGAUGAAAAAACCUCUUUAUAUUGCAUAUUAAUAGUUUAUAUUUACAUAUUUUGAUAAUGUUUAAUAAAUUUUUGAAUAUUUCGGUUUUUU